AUGCCCACUACCCUCCCCGGCACAACUGUCAUCGUGACCGGCUCCGGCGGCGGCCUCGGCAAGGCCAUCGCCGAGGCCUACCUCGCCACGGGCGCCAACGUCGUCAUCGCCGACAUCGAUGAGGCCCGCGUCGCCGCAGUCGCCUCGGAGCACCGCGACACCUACGCCGGCCGCCUGCACACUGCUGUCGUCGACGUCACCUCCGAGGCCUCGGUCGAGGCCCUCGUCAGCGGCGUCGUCGAGCGCUUCGGCCGCCUCGACGUCGUCGUCAACAACGCAGGCGUCAUGGACCGCUUCGACCCGGCCGGCGACUGCGCCAAGGACACCUGGGACCGCGUCCUCGCUGUCAACCUCACGGGGCCCUUCCUCACCACCAAGUUCGCCGUCAACCAGUUCCUGAACCAGGGCCCUGCCGGCGCCGGCGGCGGGCCCCGCGGCCUCAUCAUCAACGUCGGCUCCAACGCGAGCUACCGCGGCAUGACCUCGGGCGUCGCCUACACGGCCUCCAAGCACGGCGUCGUCGCCCUCACCAAGAACUCGGCGGGCUUCUACGGCGACAAGGGCAUCUACUCGGUCGCCCUGCUGGUCGGGCCCAUGGACACGACCAACAUCAUGGACGCCUUCGCCGGGGGCGUCAACCAGCCCGCCAUGGAAAAGGUCACGGCCGCCAUGCCCGAGUACAAGCGCGGCGAGACGGGGCUGGACCCGGCCGCCGUUGCCAAGUACUGCGUGUUCCUGACGGACAAAGACAUCGCGUCGUCGGCCAACGGGAGCUGCGUCGUACUGAACCGGAACUGGCCGUUCGCUUAG